AUGGAGAAUAAGAACAAUGUGACAGAGUUUGUUCUACUGGGGCUCACAGAGAAUCCAAAGAUGCACAAAGUCAUAUUUGUUGUCUUUUUGGUCACCUACAUCAUCUCUCUGGUGGGAAAUGUGCUUACUGUGGUCACUAUCACUGCCAGCCCAUUAUCAGCCCCCAUGUACUUUGUCCUUGCCGAUCUGUCCUUCAUUGAUGCCUGUUAUUCUUCUGUUAAUACCCCUAAACUGAUCAUAGAUUCACUCUGUAAGAAGAAGACCACCACAUUCAAUGCACGUAUAACCCAAGUCUUUGGGGAACAUUUCAUUGGAAGUGCUGAUGUCAUCCUACUUACUCUGAUGGCCUAUGAUCGCUAUGUGACCAUUUCUAAGGCAUUGCACUACAAAACCAUCAUGAAUUGGCAGGUUUGUGGCCUUCUAAUGGGAGUGGUUCAUGCAGCCAUACAGAUCCUCUUUAUCAUCCCUUUAUCCUUCUGUGGCCUGAAUAUCAUAGAUCACUUUAUGUGUGAUCUGAACCCUUUGCUCAAUCUUGCCUGCACUGAUACACACACUCUAGGGUUCUUUGUUGCUGCCAACAGUGGUUUCAUCUGUCUGUUAAACUUUCUCCUCUCGAUGGUCUCCUAUGUAGUCAUUCCGUGUUCCCUAAAGAACCACAGCUUGGAGGCAAGGUGCAGAGCCCUCUCCACCUGUAUCUCCCAUAUCACGGUGGUUGUCAUGUUCUUUGUGCCCUGUGUAUUUGUGUACAUGAGACCUGCAGCUACUUUAUCUAUCAAUAAAGCAGUCGCAGUGUUCUACACUAUGAUAACACCAAUGUUAAACCCCUUAAUCUAUACUCUGAGAAAUGACCAGAUGAAAACUGCUAUUAGGAAAUUAUGUAGUAGAAAAGUUAUUUCAGGGGGCCAGAAGAUGCCCGUGGACAGAAGUGUUCCAGAGUGCACCUUGCCUGUGCCAUGA